AUGAAAACACCAGAAGGUCGUUCCUUGGCAUUGGAGAAUCUUUCUGAAUUCAUCCAAACAUUUCAAACAAAAAAAUUUUGUGAGCUUCCUCAACUUGAAAUCGAAAAGGCACUAGCUCUUGUUCAUGAUUUCAGAACUGCAGGUUUGGAAGUUGACUGGCUGCAGCCAAGGUUGAAAGACAUGUUGGAAGCAAAACAGUUGAUCAAGCAAUCUUCAACUUUGAAGGAGAGGAGGGAUAAAAGUAAUCAAGUCAUCAAGGAGAAGAAGGAAGAGCUAGAAGUUUAUGAACCACAACUAUUGGCACUUCAAGAAAAAGUGAAUUUGGCAAAGAAGAAACUGGCUUCAGCACAAGCUGAGGCUGAAACUAUAAGAGAAAAAGUCUCAAAUGCUAAGGCUAAAGUGAGAUUCUUUGUUGAUCAUUCACCAUUGGAUGGUCUCUUGUGA